GAAUCCUCCUAAUUGUCCACUGAUUGGUGUAGCCCCAUGUCCCAUGACUGACGGGUGAUCCCUCUUCUUGCAGGCUCUGCACAACCGCUAUUCGCGGAGCCUGGACACCAUCCUCAGGGGCCGCCUAACAGAGACCCCCACCAUGGAGAAGCUGCAGCACCUCCUGGAGCACAUCCAUCGCUCUCUCCUUUCAAACAACACCCAGGAGAGAGCCAGGGCCGUCCAGACUAGCGCGGCCCUGCUCCAGUUUGCCACCUCCCUGCCUGGAUUUGACACCUCCUCCACCUUCUCCAAGGCAGGUGAAUUCGUGCUGCAGCUGGGUCUCUGGAUAUCCCACCCAGCCAGUGACAUCAGUCGGCAUGCCAAGGGUGGGAUAUACUGGCUGCACAAGCUCCUGCUCCAGAAGAGGGGGCUCAACACCAGAGAGGCCCCAGACCUGUGGUGCCGGGACGGGCUCCAUGACCCCGAGCGCCUGGGGUAUAGAAACCUGACCAGGGUGGGAGAGGUCUUUGGAGAAAUAUUCAGCGAAGAGCAGAAGAGCAGUUUCCUCCAGGUGGGCCUGCUGGCCAUCCACCACCCCUUUCUCCGCGUCAGCCAGGCUGGCCUGGUGCUGACCUAUUCCAUCUUGGGGGAAGCCGGCCAGCUGCUAGAGGAUGAGGAGGACAUCACAGCCUACAUAAUGGUCCAGCUAUUUAAUAUCAAGGUCUUGGGCAGGUGCCCGACGCCCUGCAGGGGCUGUGCUCCGUGGGGCAGCAUUGAAGGCCCCCUGUCGCAUGACCAGCUCAGACCCCCUGCCGCAGGAAGGGCGUCCCCUGAUGAGGGGUCUCCAGGCCUCCAGUAA